AAUUUAAUUUAUUUUUUGGUUAAUUUGCUAUACAAAAUCGUCAAAAUUACGGAAAAGAAGUUUAACUCCAAAAUGCCGCCCGCUUCGGGGUCCAAUAGUGCCACGAACGCGGCGGCAGUGCAGGCAAAAGCUGCCGAGCGGGAGGAAAAACUUCGUGGUGCCUUAAAAUCAUUUAUUCUAAAGGAAAGACAGAGGAAGAAGGAAGAGUUUGAGGCGAAAUUGGAGGAGGAUAGACAGCGCAAAGAACGCGAGGCACGUGAACGGGAGAAUGACAUGACCCUGGAAGAGACUCGCGGUCAGAUCACUAAACUGGAGCAGAAACUAACCGAGCUGCACAAUCAGAAGCAACAAUUGUUUUUACAGUUGAAGAAGGUCUUGAACGAAGACGAGAAUCGCAAGAAGCAACAAAAAGACAAUGAGACGAUGUAUGCAAUGCAGGCUUUGCAAGCUCAGACCACCAGUGCACCUCAACCGCAAGUGUUUUUGCCACCCGUCCGAGUGCAGCAUCAUCAGCAACUGCCAGUAUUGACAAAGCCACCAAGUAAUCCUCCAGUGAAAAGGGGGCGUAGUCCCUCACCAACACAACCCGGUUACUAUAAGCAAACCAACUACAAUCCUCCAAAACACGAUGAACGUCGUGGAGCAGAUUCCGCCAGAGUGUUGUGGAACAAACCUCAUACACAAUAUCAGACACCGGGGACGCUUUUCUACCAGACAACAAGUAACGCUCCUCCUCCGCCCCAACAAGCUCCCCCUGAUGCUAGAGGUCCAGCGAUUAUUUACACCCAUUAUAAUUUGCCACUUCGCCAAGGCUACCAUCUAGAAUUGCCGCCAGCCUCUAGUGUGCCUGUGUCGAAGCCGGACGCACCAGGACAGAAACCAACACAAGUAUAUCAUAUAAACCUGGACCAACCUCCCAGUUCACAGACCGGCGGAAGUGUGAAUAGCAGCGUUCAAUCGCAAAAGCCUCAGAUUACGAUGGAAAAAAUUUCGGAUCGAUAUCACGUCGAGGUUAAACAUGACGCCCACGGGGGUCCACCGCCAACGCAUCAGUUAUCUGAAAGUGUAGUCUACAUACCGAGUUUGCCCUUGCAUCCAAAUGUAAUGCAGAUAAGUAGCGGCGCACCACCACCACAGAGUACAAAACCAGGGCCGAGCAUUCAGGGAUAUGCACCAGGCCGUGGUCCCGUUGGUCACGAGACACAAAUGUCUCGACAGCAACAGAUAACAGUUAUGUCGGGACAACCUGGUCAACAGCCCCAACAGCCCUUGCAUUAUCCACGUCGAAUGUUUUAG